GAGAGGGACACCUGGUGUUGUAACUAGAAGCAUCCUUAAGGGCCACGGAGAAACAGACAAGAUUCGCCGCCUGGAUUUUAAACACGGUGUCAUGAAGCAGCAACUUUUAAGCGCAGCUACAUUCUUCUUUGUCCUUGUAGCAAGAACAGCCGCACAGAUUGACUGUGACGAUGGUGUGAUCCUGAGCGUUGCGGAUGGAGAGCGCCAAGAGGGGACUGUGUUCACCCCUCAGUACGGGGACACCUCCGCUACCGGAUACCCAAACUCCCUGGUGUGCGGAUGGACCAUCAGUGCUCCGGAAAACCACAAAAUAUCCUUGGUGUUCCAAGCCCCAUUCGGCAUUGAGCCUCACACCACCUGCGACUACGAUUAUUUAGACAUCCAUGACGGAGAGGACGCCUCAGCUUCCUUGUUGGGGAAAGUGUGCGGCACCUCCCCGCCUGCUGACGUCCAAAGUACCGGCAACCAAGUCUACCUGUAUUUCUCGUCCGACUACAGCGUGAACGCCGCAGGGUUUUCCCUUGACUGGUCCACCACGUGCGUGGACGGCACCACGUCGUGUGAUGACGCCCAAGGCCCUGUCUGCUUCACAUCUGCCCAGCAAUGCGACAGCGUGCAGGCCUGCCAGGACUUUCAGGACGAGGAGGGGUGCUUGGCAACAUACGGAAUAGACGUUUGCGAGGAUAGCGUUGAUGCGUCAACUGCCGGGAGUAUCUCCCAACCAACCGACAGCCUGGCGUUUUUCCCGCCCGGGUCUGCGUGUGACUGGAACAUAACAGCUCCUGAAGGGUACAAACUCAUCUUCACUGCAACCUCAGGGGACAUCGACUGUAUAUCCGCCUCCGUCGAGCUGUAUAUUGAUGACGACACCAGCCACAUGCUCUGCGGCGAGGACACCACGUUCAUCGUCCAGUCCAACCAGGCGGAACUCUGGGUGGACGGGCCCAUUGUUGCCGGUGGGUUCUCCCUCUCGUGGGUUCCCUGCUCCCCGGACGAGAUUCUAUGCGAGGCAAACUUCUCCUGUAUCGCCACAGAGAACAUCUGUGACGGCGUCGUGCACUGCAGUACGGGAGACGACGAGGACGAGGAUCUUUGCCGAGUUCCAACGACCACCGUCCCAACGACCACGGAACCAACCACUACCACUGCCUUCGUUAACGACAGUGUCAUUGUUGUCACUGAAGACCCUGGCGACCAGCUGUCGUGCUACACGUGUAACGGCACCGGCGACUGCAUGAGCAAUCCCGCAAACGUCAUGUCAACCACGUGUGAGGACGGCGAACACUGCUGGGUUGAGCGUAUUGGAGAAGAGGGCGGUGAUCACGGGCUGGUGGUGAUGCGGGGAUGUGGGGACUUCUGCUCAGACUACUGGGCACUGGAGGCGUGUGAGAUGCCGGCAGGGCGACCUAAGGUGUGCAUGAAGUGUUGCAGCGACCACCACUGUAACGACUUCGUUCUGACGGGCAACAACGACCCCCAGCGGGGGAAGGCCGCGUCGGCAGCGCCGUAUCUCUGGAUCACCGCCCUGACGGCGCUUCUGGUCUCUUACUUCACAACCACACAACAGUAAACUACCCAUCAAGAAAUGUUCUUGAUCCUCCCCUUCCCCUCUUCCCUUAAUUAAUCCCAGCCAUCUCCCUCCCAUAGGGGGUCAUUCGUUUCUCCAUGGUCGUGACCAAACUACUUUCGGUGUUGGCCUGAUAUGCUGGAGUACUCGAAAAUGCCGUAAGGGGGCUCAAAUCGUCAUGUUUCCUCAGAACUGUAACAACUACGCCGUA